AUGGAUGAGGUGAUGCAAAGGGUAUUUGGCAAUGAGGAUGCGGUGAUAGGUAGAGGUAUGAAUGGACAUGUAGGUAAUGAAAGGAGAGGAUAUGAAAGAGUAUGUGGAGGAUAUAGUUUUAAGGGGAAGAAUGAGGCUGGAGAAAGAAUCCUGGAUUUCGCAGUAUCGUAUAAUCUUGCUGUGAGUCGAAAGUUAGUUCUGAAGUUUCGGCUUCAAAUACGAAUGAUGUUAACUUGCCUGUCGACUGCCAUUGUCGAAAUUGAUGAAAUACCGGAGAAAGAAAUAGAAGUAACGCAUGAUCAGAACACAAAUACUCUGGAUCAGUAUAAUUCACCUUCGUUUAAGUCGCCUAAAUCUUGGUACACUUCGGAUACAAUUAAUGAUUAUCUUAAAUUGAUAGCGAAAAGGUUAAAUGGCGAAGUUUAUGCAGUCGUUACCGAUUUUAUACCAGCAUAUCUUCGAGGUGGUUAUCCAGCUGCAAGAAGAUGGAUAAAGAAAGAUAUUCAUACAUUAAAAUUACUUUUUGUGCCAAUGAAUGUGUAUGGGGAACAUUGGAUAUUGACUGAUGUUAACGUACCUCAAAGAACUGUGACAUCGUAUGACAGUCUUAAGUCAUAUGAUGGUUCUUAUCCUAUGGUGUUUAAAGAGUAUCUAACUGACUGGGAGAUGGAUGAAAAGGGAGCCGCUUCGUCGUGGACUUUAAAAAUCGGUGAGACGAUUCAUCAAACUAAUGGAUAUGAUUGUGAUCCAUUUACGGUUGAGCUAGCCGAAAAAAUGGCUCGUGGAGACACAACUCCUAUAAAUGCGAGUCUUAUGCCUUUUGUAAGACACAGAGAAGAAAUUAUAGCCGGCCAAUUAUUUUUAUAA